AUGGUGUCGAAACUGGUCUUGGCCUAUCUCACUGUGUUCCUGGCCGCUGGCGUCAGCUACGCCCUUCAUGGUACUGCCGCUUUUGGUGCUGCCGCCGCAGGCUUAAAGGGGCUACACCCCGGUUUUUUAACCAGGAUAAUCCGCACCCUGGAGGUAGACAAUGGUAAAUUCCUGGCCUCCAGAUAUCCCAAUGUCCCUUCUGAGCAACGGGCCAACCUUGGGGUUAUUCCGGAAACCCUUGCUCCGUUGAUCCAAGGAGCAGAUAAAACUGGCCGACUCUUGAUCCCAGCUCCACAUCCAGGCCAUGCUCUUCUGCUGACGAAAAACGUACCUGAAUAUACGUCUUCCUUGGGCCCUGCUUUUAUUCAGAGGGCCACACGUACGGGUGACUUAGUCUUCGUCAAAGCCAAAUCCUGGACGGCAAGCAAGAACACAGUCAAAGGCAUCGGAGCGAUUACGGACUCGGAAGGCAAAGUCCACUACUUCCGUACCAUUCCCUUUAAUCCCCCUCGACCUGGACUCCAUCCAAAAAUGCGCGUAGCCACGUCGCCCAACCAUGUUACCCCUCAAAGCCUUAGUAAAUCCAAAAAGUUCUUCGGCUCUCAUCCUAUCACCCUCAAGCUUCCCAGUGGUGAACUUCAUCAUUCGAAAGACAAGGUGUUCCUCUCUCACAUCUCUCUUGUCCCGAACACUGGCCCUCAUGAGUUAGAAUUGAAGGUCUAUCCACCGGAAAUUCUGGACCAAGUGCUAAAAGGUCCACCGCAGGAGAUGGUACAGAGGAGCAAAGGAUGGUCGCGACCGUUGGUAGAGUGGUCAGAAACGCCCAAUUGGUCAAGGAAGGAACGUAAAGCGGCUAAGAUGAUGGAGGCUAAGCCUUCGUCACCGAGAUGGUUCCAGAAGUUGAAGGCGCCUUUCUCGCGAUCGAAUCCGGACAGUAGGUCGCUGAGAGGUUCUGAUGAGGGCUUGAGCAAUAGUGGCAGUAGUCCGAGUGGUGCUUUGGUUCGCUCUGCUUGA